AUGGUUGGGGAAUGUCCUUCCCCUCGAGGCUUUGACCACACAAAGAAGUCCAGAAGUAAAACCCUUUUGAAGCAAAAGGAGGAUGAGAGUGAAUGGGAAGAAACUAGGUGCCCCAUCUGUUGGGAACACCCCCAUAAUGCUGUCCUCCUACGUUGUUCUUCCCACAAGAAGGGUUGUCGUCCCUACAUGUGUAAUACCAGCGACCACCAUUCCAACUGUCUUAACAACUUUCAUCGGACAUUUUCCAAGAAAGUAGAGAUAGGCGAUCGACCCUCUGGGAAGAAAGCGACACAUGUUAAAUGUCCCAUGUGUCGAGGAAAAAUUAAUGGUUGGAAAGUGGUGCAGCCGGCUCGGUGCUUCAUGAACUCUAAACCAAGGAGUUGUCCUUGCGAAGGAUGUGAUUUCAGAGGGAAUUAUUCACAGCUCCGGCUACAUGCAAGGUCAGAACACCCUUUUGCUCGGCCUGCGGAGGCGAAUCCGCAGCUUGUGCGUGAGUGGGCGAGGAGGGUGAGUGAAAGGGACCUUCAGGAUGCAUUGAACGUGCUUGAGAGUGAGAGUGAGUCGGAGCUUAGUUAUGGCGAUUUUGUCGUCUUAUAA